AUUUAAACAUUUUCAAUACUUUCUAAUGUAAGCAACAAUUGUAAAUUAAAUUUUCAUCGCUGAUCCAAUCAAAAGAUUUCAUUGGUAACAUUGUUUGUUUACAUGUGAUGUGAAGUCAUGUGAUUUCAAUUAUUACAUGUGGAUAGUGAAAAGGAGAGGAACAUCCUCUCAAUGUCUAUUCAAGUGGAUGAAGAUGUCAGGCCAGUGUCGGGCACGGUAUGCCGUGCUUUUUACCCUGUUCUCUGCAGUGACGCUCUUUCUGUAUUCCCUGGGAGCUGUUGCAAACCGGAUUUCUGAUGUGCACGUCUAUAUGCAGAAAUCUGUGUAUUGUGAAACUGAUGGUUUCUUACAGUUUGAACUUCUUAAGCAUGUUGGAGUUAAAACACGCUUGUCAGAUGACCCUGAAGUGUGCAUGAAUGUGACUCAGCUGAUAACCAGUAAAGGCUACCCUUGUGAAGAACACAGAGUGACAACUGAGGAUGGUUACAUACUGGGGGUUCAGAGAAUUCCCCACGGGAAGAAGAAACAGCCUGUCGUAUCGGGGAGACCAGUAGUGUUUCUACAACAUGGACUGCUAGCAUCUGCCACUAACUGGGUCACCAAUCUGGCAAAUGAGAGUUUUGGUUUUGUGCUAGCUGAUGCAGGUUUUGAUGUCUGGCUUGGGAACUCUAGGGGAAACACAUACUCUAGAAACCAUGUGAAGCUGUCUCCAAAAGAGGAGGCAUUCUGGGCUUGGAGCUGGGAUGAGAUGGCGAGGUAUGACAUUCCGGCAGUGAUUGAUUACGUCCUACAGAAGACGGGAGAACGGCAGCUUUACUUUAUCGGCCACUCACAAGGAACUCUACAAGCUUUCGCUGCUUUCUCAAAAAAUGCAACGCUUGCCAAAAAGGUUAAGCAGUUCUUUGCCAUGGGACCUGUUGCAACCAUAGCACAUAUAGAAAGUCCUAUCAAAUACAUGGCCAUAUUUACAGAUGAGCUUCUAUAUGGUUUACUGGGACGGAGGGAUUUCCUGCCCAGUGAUUGGAUAUUCAAGGUGCUGGGGAGUACGAUUUGUAAGGAGAAAAUUACGAGCAUCAUCUGUACCAACGUCAUUUUCCUGCUGGCAGGAUACGACACUAGCAACCUCAAUGUGACUCGUCUUCCAGUGUAUGUAUCACAUGCCCCUGCUGGGACUUCUAUGCAAGACAUGGUCCACUUUGCCCAGAUGUCCAGAAGUGGGCGUUUCCAGGCUUAUGACUGGGGAUCACCAGAGAAAAACAAGAUUCAUUAUCAUCAGGACACACCUCCCCUGUAUAAUGUAUCUACAAUGGCCACUCCCACUGUGUUGUACUGGGCUGAUCAUGAUUGGCUGGCCGAUCCUAAGGAUGUAGCAGCAUUACAGCAUAAAAUAGUCAACUUAAAAGGCAGCUAUGAAAUGAAAUCUUGGAAUCACCUGGAUUUUAUUUGGGGUGUGGAUGCAGCCACCCUGGUCUACAAACCUAUAAUAAAUCUUAUCAGAAAAGAUCUAAAGAGCUGAUACAUUGUAAUUAAUAAUGUAAAAUUUAUAGCUGUUAAUGAUCAAAAUUUCACAGCCUGAUUCUGUGAAGAAACAUGUUACCUCAUGUGACUUAAUUAUGGGAUUGGACAUGUUCAGUUAUGAUGGGGGGAAAACUAAUGUUCAGGUGUAAGCUAGUCAAAUAAUAUCAAAAAACAAAUAUUCUGGUAUUUCACCCUUGAAAACAUGUGAUACUGUACAACUUCGAUUUUGAAAAAUUACAUUUUAAAAUGUUUUUUUCUAUAUUAUAUAUGCAAACUGGAAAUUGAUAAAGAUCUGAAUGUUUUUUGUUGAUGCCUGUAAUUGCCAUGCUAUAUAUAUAUGUUUUUUUUUUACAUGAUAAGACAUCUGUAUUAUUUACAAAAUUUAUACACACUCCCCAAACCCACACCUUUUAAAGGAUAUUACUGUAUAUACUCGCCUAUAAGUCGGUUUUUUGGGAGUUAAUCUCUGGUCUAAAACUCUCUGUCCGACUUAUAGGCGAGCUAUUAAAAGUAUGGUUUUAUAUGAUGUCAGUCCAUCUGGUAUACAAGCUUAUUAAAUACAACCGACUUAUAGGCGGACUGACUUAUAGGCAAGUAUAUACGGUACCUUAUUUUGUCUAGUUUCUGCAGAAAUGCUACAAUGUUGAUCAUCUCUGAAGCAACAGUCUUAAAAUUUUGUAUCUCAAAUUUGUAUUGUUUUCAGAUUUAAGCAAAAAUAAAAGAUUUGAAAAGAG